UCCUUGGAUACAAACAGGAGGGAGUGCGCUCACUGGAGGACUGACAACAACAACAACAUGGAGCCUCGAGAUAGGGUGACGGCUUCUGCUCGGUUGCCAGCAGGUGAAAAUACAAUUCAGUCUGUUGGACAAACAUCCAUUAACCAGCCGGGAGCUCAAAGUCAUGACCGACAGAGGCAGAGGCAGCCCAGGCUGGACACGGAUAGCUGGGAGCUUCAACAGCGAUGGCAGCGCUCGUUUGAGCCAGAAUUUCAGGACAGCAACCUGUCUCCAUCCCUCUCCCUGUUGCCUGCACACUCUGGAGUGGAACAAAACCUCACCGAAUGUUCUUUAUUCCAACAAAGUGACAGUGAAUUUGCCCCUUUAAGGGCGUUGCCCGACAUCUCUAUGGCAUCAGAGAGGUUUCACGUUCCUCUCCAGGAUCGCACCUCUCAAUCCUCUGAGCGCGGCUCUCUGUCCCAGUACCCUUUAGACCAGGCUACCAACCUGUCUGGAGAGGGAGUGAGCAGCUGCUGCUCUCUGUCCCAACACAGCUUAUCUCCAGGAGACGAAGACAGACGAGAGGAAAAAGUGCACCCACCAGCGAUUGCAACCACUUACAGACGGGGAGUACCAUCCAGUGAUGAUUCAGACAGAAGAGAGGAAGACUCAGAGACUCAAACUGACCCUCCAGACACGCCAGUAGGAGAGGCUGCUCAAUAUGACAUAUCCUUUCUGAGUAAAGAUGUUCCUGCCCAGCAUCUUCUAGAGCUCCUUGAGAAAGAUAUUGGCAUGCAAACCAGUAGUAGUAGUAGUGCUCUUUCCUCUUCCUCUAAGACCUCUGUGAAGGUGGCUUUAUCUUUUGCAGAAGAUUCUAAAAGCAUUCAAAUUUGCAAACUAGGCUUUGAGCAAAGCCUGGGUAAAAGAGAAGGUCCUCCAGGUGAAGCUUCUCUUCCCCAGCAGCAGUCCAAACAACCUGACAGAGGCUUAUUCCCAGACCAAUCACAGACAUUGUCAUCGGAGGAAAGCAACAUAACCAUGGGGCUCCGCAGCACUAAACCUGAUGACAGCAGUGAAGAGUUACACAGAGAGUUGCUGUCUGAGGUAGAGAGGCGCAGCAGUCGAGAACAUGAAUUUAAAAACCAACAGCGUAAAAGUUCUACACCACCCGUUAUGUCUCUCACACCAUUUCCCACAGGGGCUUCUGAAGUCAAGCCAAGUGCUAUCAGAACUCAUUUUGGUGGCCUGCAGUCGACAGGGGCGUUUUCAGCCGGCUUUGAGCGUGGUCACAGAGAACAAGACCUCUGGCUCUCUGGGAACCACACAGGGAUUGAUGGGUCCUACCUGGGUUUCAUUCCACAAUCUCAAUCCACUCCAGGGGUGUUUAAAGCCCCAUCCAAAUCCAGUGUCAAGGCUAAAUUAGGGCAACUCUCUGCCAUAGAAUCUAACAUAGAGAACUCUUCUCAGUCAAACACAGGGAUCUCUCCGCACCCAGCUGUUCCUGUAACUGAUCCCCCUGAAACAACAAAUCAGAGCCGAGGGGAAACCACCUCUGCUGAAGUCCAGUCUCUCCCAAGUCUCAACUACAUGCAGAAAGUAGACGCCUGGAGGGCAAAUCAGAGUUUAGGCAAGGCAGCACUGUUUGAUAGCUUGGCACUGCAAAGAUUUUCCAGCGUCUCUCCUAAACAGAACGCUUACGAAGCAGUAUCUGAACCCUUGAAUCGCAUCCUGAGUCAGCAGGCGGGGAGAUUACAGCCAAGUGCUGCCAAUCAGGAGGUCACACAAAGCUCCUCCAAGGCUCCCCCUGGCUCUACUUCUCCUAGGAGAGGGGAGGCCGUGGGCAGGGCUCCCAGAGACCAAGAUAACUCUGCAACAAGAACUUCUGCAUCACCCUUUGGCAGGUCUCAGUCCCACUCCUCUCUAAGCACCAUUGUCAUGUCGGUAAAGAAAGAUCAGCAGAGUAAAAGACCUGCAGGUGAAGAGAACGUUGAGACUCAUCAUCAGCCAAGCACCACAGUUCAGCCCCCGCCUCGCAUCAGCCUCGGUCAGUUCAGCGACGUAUCUCUUGAUCACGAUUUGACACUCUCAAGUUCCCAAGAAAGUUACAACAGUGGAGUUAAAUUAGCAACAUCCAUCGGAGCGUCUUCUGUUGUCAGUCUGGAGGUUGAUAACUACGCUCCGUACUGGACUUCGAAAAUGUCCACACCACCACCGAUGGCAAGGCAACGAGAGAUAGACAUCGAACAACGAAUUCCGGUGGUUAUAAAACUAAAAACAAUCCUAUAUCAAGAAACAUAG